AUGUCCGUGCCACGUCGCUCAUCAAAUAAUCCUUUCUCAGAUUCUUUAUCCCCUGAAUCAACAGGAUCAACUCACCAAUCUACUUCAACCCCUCCACUAUAUCCAUCAGAAAACUCAAACAACCAAUAUUACAAUUCAAAUGAAAAAUCACGCUCAAGACGUCAAGAGGGACGCACUACAGAUGAUUUACCUCCUUCAUAUGAAGAAGCUGCUGGUCCAAAAGCUGCUAAAAGCUCAUAUCCAAGAGAAAAAGAAGGUUCAUCAUCUUCAAGACCUCAGCGUACACAAAGUGAAUCAGAUAGACAUAGAACAAGAGUUCAUCGAGAAUGGCCAGGUGAUGGCUCAACAAAUGGUUCAUCUAAACCACAUCGCUCUGGUGAAACUCGUUCGAGUUCUCAUCGUCAUCGUGAACAUAAAAGUGAACAUAAAGGUGAUCGUGAACAUCGUUCCCAUCGCUCUCAUCGUUCUGGUGAAGAAGGUUCAAAAUCACGUCAUCGUUCAUCAUCAACAAAACAUAAGAAAGAUGGUGCUCCAAAACCAAAGAAUGUUGAUACCAUUGAUAAAUUAGAUGUUACUGGUUUAUUUGGUGGUACUUUCCAUCAUGAUGGUCCAUUUGAUGCUUGUACACCACAACGUAAUAAAAAUCAAAAAUCUGCUCCAGUCUUAGCAUUCCCAGCUGAUGGUCCAAAUAAUUCAAUCAAGGGUAAAGCACCAGAAAGCACUAAAGAUUCUACAAUUGAUUAUGUUAUGGGACGUUCAACAGAUUAUGGUGAUGAUGAUUUAUAUACAACUUCAGUUUCACCAAGAAAACCAACUCCAUUGUUAGCUCAAUAUAACGGUGAUGCUAAUCAAUCACAAUCCACCAUUGCUGCUGUUAAAAACACUGAAAACAUUACACAAUUUGAUACUAAUAAAAAAGCUACACCAGUUCAUGGACAAACCACAUUAGGUCUUGGAUCUUCAACAUUUUUGGAUGGUGCACCAGCUGCAAGUCAAACUGCAUAUGAAGAAGCUGAACAACGUGCAAACAUUGGUGGAUUAAAUAGAAAAAAAUCAUUGAAACAAAAAUUCAGAGAUACUAGUGGAGGCUCAGCAGGAGCAUAUGAAGAUGAACCAAUACGUUUCAGCCCUGAUAAAUCAGAAAGCUCAGGUGGUAAUUCAUUAUUGAAAAGGGUUAGAAGUUUGAAGGUUGGUAGAAGUAAAAGCUGA